AAAAAUUGCAAAAGGUAGGGGAAGGAUGUUGAAGUUGCAGCGCUUAUCUCUGCGGAUGAUGGCUCUCAAACCCCAGCGCCUCCACAACAUUGCAGAGACGACGUCGCAGAGCGUAGCAAAAAGGGUGAGGACGAUGACCACUGAAUCCUCCAUGAAAGAUUCCUUCGCCAAAUACACCGAUUACCUCAAUGACCUGAAUGAAAAACGGGAAAGAGUCGUAAAAGCAAGUCGUGAUAUCACCAUUAACAGCAAAAAGGUCAUCUUUCAGGUGCACAGAAUCAGUAAACACAACAAAGAGGAAGUUCUGCAGAAAGCAGAAAAGGAUUUAGCGACUGUGACUGAUCAGUACAUCUCCCGACUGGUUAGGGAGCUGCAAGGGACUGAUUUUUGGAAGUUAAGACGAGCAUACUCACCUGGGGUACAAGAAUAUGUUGAAGCUGCAACGUUCUGUAAAUUCUGCAGGACUGGGACUCUUUUAAACCUUGAUGAGAUGAAUGCUACUUUGUUACCACUCAGUGAUCCUUCUCUUGAGCCUUUGCAGAUCAAUGUCCUUGACUAUCUCCUCGGGCUUGCAGAUUUGACUGGAGAGCUGAUGCGGUUGGCAAUUGGUCGAAUUUCAGAUGGUGAACUUGAUUUCGCUAAGAAGAUAUGCGAGUUUGUGCGUGAAAUUUACAGGGAACUAACCCUUGUUGUCCCAUUUAUGGAUGAUAGUCAUGACAUGAAGACGAAAAUGGAUACAAUGCUUCAAAGUGUAAUGAAGAUAGAGAAUGCUUGCUUCGGUGUUCAUGUGAGAGGAUCAGAGUAUAUGCCCCUACUUGGCUCCGACGAUCCAACUUCAUUCUUAUUGGGAGUGCCUGAUGUUGAAAUAUGAUGGAAAAAGGCUUGGAUUUCAAUGGGCAUGGAUGAUGGGGCACAUACAUUUUUGUUCAGAAUUGUUUGCAGUUCAUCACCAUGUGGUCGCUACUCACGGUGGUCACACAGCAGACUAGAUUGUGACUUUUGAGGAACAAUUUCGUGUAGGCUUUUUAUAACAAUUUUCUUCUACUUCUCUGUAAAUUGAUGAAAAUUAGAUAAGAGCUUGUAGUAAAACCCUGCCAAAGAUGUGUUAGACAUGAGGUUCACCUCAGAAUGUAUUGAAGAAACUGUUUUAUAUUUCUCACAUAUGUUUACAAGAUACAUUCCCUAUUUGUAUA